AUGGAUGUUUCAAUUGGAGGUGGAGCUCCACUUGCUGCCUCAUUGUCGGAUGACGGACUUUAUGCAGCCCAUGUCAACGGAAAGGAGUUACUUGUUUACUCGAGCCCUGACUCAGAGAAUAAGAGAGUCCAAGUGGCAAAAGUCAAAGAGAACAACCUGAAAUCAAUCAAAUUUUACUCUUCUCGAACAUCAAAUGACGUCAAAACACAGAAUCAGAGCAAAUAUCUUCUUACUACCAAUUAUUCUCGCAUCUCAAUAUGGCUGUUGGAACCGUUGCAGUUGCUUGCUGAGAUUGAAAGCAUCGAACCAGGGGUUCUCAACGUUGAAUUUGGUGGCAAUAACAUGGAAAUCCUUGUUUUCCAUGCAUGGCAUACUAAAUUGGCUAUUCACUCGUUGGACAGCGGCCGAAGUUUGGUGAUUAAGACGCCCAAGUUUACUCACCACCUUGGAUUCGGAUAUCGCCCGCGUACCAGACAUCUCGCGAUUCUACUGAAGCCAGAAACGUCAGAUCUGCUGACUAUCCACGAUCCUCAUUCUUAUGAUGUGACCAACCGGGUAGUGCUUCCAACUGUGGAUGCUCAGGGUCUGAAAUGGAGUCCGGAUGGGAGGUGGAUUGCGGUCUGGGAUACUGCGAGCGCUGGAACCAAAAUCAUGAUUUUCACAGCUGAUGGACAGCUUUUCAGGUCCUACACUGGACCAACAGAAGUAGAUGAUUCGGUUGAUCUAGGAAUAAAACAGAUUGAAUGGAGUCAUGCAGUUGAACGUGAUGGUGUCUCUGAAAUUCUGGCUGUUGGCAAGGUGAAUGGAAAUAUUGACUUGCUUGGGUCUCGAACGUUUUCUUCAUCUACUACGCUCUCACAUGUCUUCAGAACUGAACAAUCUCCUCCUAACAUCUGGCGUGAAAGAUUCACAAGCCCACUUGGAGAUGCAGAGUACGUGGAGGCCUCGAGCUCCUCAGCAUUUCAUAUGAGCGAGGCCUCAGGCCCGUCACGAGGCGUGUCUAUCAUGACAUUCAGCUCCGACGGAACACUACUAGCAACAGUAGAUUCCCUCAAAUCCAAUGUGGUUUGGAUCUGGUCACUGGGUGCCACGACUAGGCUAGCUUCUAUCCUCGUGCAUGAGCAACCCGUUCGUCAGCUUGCGUGGCAUUCCUGCUCGCCCCAACUCUUGAUUAACACUAUUUCCAAUACUCUGCCUUCUGUGAGAUGGUGGUCAUCAAAAGGGCAGCCGGUAAUCUCACGAGUUCCUACUCACAAAAGUGAAAGUGGGAAGUAUGAUGUCAAAUGGCUUGUUGGAUCAGAUGACGACUCGGUAUUCUGGUUUGGGUCAGCGGAGGAAUACGUUGUGGGGUAUCUAUCCGCUGAAGAUGGGGGUGUGAAAUUCGAAGUAUUGAAUUCAAUAAACAAACAAGGUUAUUCUAAUUACGCAGGAAGUAUGAGCCGAUAG